AUGUCGACUGCACCAGAUAUACAGAAGGCUGGAGUCAUUCACGAUCACGAUAUCGUAGGCGACACGCGUCGUUACAGUCGUGAAGAAGUCAUGCAUAUGGGCGAACUUACCGAGGCGGAAUUGGCGUUAGAGAAGAAAUUAAGGCGCAAAAUCGAUGCUCGUAUCAUGCCUACUGUGGUACUUGUUUAUCUGAUGAAUUACAUCGAUCGAAACAACUACCCCGCUGCUCGACUACAAGGAUUAGAAGAGGAUUUGAACUUACGAGGCUCACAAUAUCAAGUUGGUCUUUCCAUCCUCUUCGUCUCAUACAUUCUCGCACAACUUCCUUCCAAUCUCUUGCUCAAUUAUAUGGGCCGACCAUCAUGGUACCUUGGUUUCUUCACCAUUGCUUGGGGACUUGUAAGCGCCAUGACAUGCCUCGUCAAAAAUUACGCUGGUAUUGUUACUUGUCGAUUCGUGCUUGGGCUUGUUGAAGCGCCAUUCUUCCCCGGUGUCCUUUUCUAUCUGAGCAAAUGGUACACAAAGAAGGAGCUAAACCUGCGAAUGGCACUCUUCUACUCCGGUUCGUUGAUCUCUGGCGCCUUCGGUAAUCUCAUCGCCGGCGGCAUCCUCAGCGGUCUGGCUGGCAAACGUGGAUUGACAGCAUGGCAAUGGCUCUACAUCAUCGAAGGCGCAAUUACCGUAGCUAUCGGUAUCGGCGUCAUUUUCAUUCUCCCCGACUUCCCGGACACCUGGGAUGGGCUAUCCCCCGAAAUGAAACGCCUCGCCAACCGACGUCUAGCCAUUGAAGCCGCCGAAGCCGAUGUUGACGAAAAGGGUGGGAAAUCUCAAUGGGUCGGCUGCAAAAUGGCCUUCGCAGAUCCCAAAACCUACCUGCUCGCCAUAGCAUACAUGUCCGUAGUAGGGGCUUCGGGCUUUCAGAACUUCUUCCCCACUUUGACCGGAACGCUUGGCUUCAACCGCACGAUCUCGCUCCUCCUAGUCGCCCCGCCCUACCUCUUCAUGGUGUUCUACUCCUACUUCCACAGUUGGCUCUCUGACCGCGUCGGUAACCGCUUCUGGUUCUUUGUGUACCCGAUCCCGAUCACCAUUGUCGGCUUCGUCGUCUUCAUGACCACCGACGGCUUCGGCCCCCGCUACUUCUCCCUCUUCCUCAUGAACUUCAUCUUCGCCCAGGUCAGCACCUGCUAUGCCUGGAUCGGCAACGCGCUUCCUCGUCCGCCCGCCAAACGCGCCGCCGCAUAUGCCAUCAUCAACAGCGUCGGAAACUCCGCGUCGAUCUGGACACCCUUUACGUACAGCAGAAGCUCGGCACCUCAGUACCGGCCUGCGCUCGGCGUGGCCACCGGUCUGCAGAUCUUGGGUUUCGUUUCCGCGCUCAUUGUGCGUUUCAUCCUCCAAAGGCAGAAUGCGGAAUUGGAAAGACUGGAGCGCGAAGAGUCGGAGGUAGGCGGCAAGAAUCUUGAGAAAUUGAAGAAGACGGCUGAGGCGGAGGGGUUGGACAUAACGCAAGCAAGAAUGUUGCAGAAGGGGUAUCGGUACAUGAUCUGA